AUGUCCAGCUUCAUCUCCAAGGCUUCCUCCAAGUCCGCCUCUUCGGACGCCGCCUCCACACACUCCUCCGUCUCCACUGCCACAACUCUCAAGGGCAUGGACAUCCACAAGAAGAAGUGGUACUCUCUGAGCUCCUCCAAGACGUCUCCCAAACACACUGAGGAAUACUACGCCAAGCGAGCUCUUCACAACGAAGCCGUCGCCAGCUACUUCAGCAUGCGGUAA